GCUUAGCUUUGUUAAAAGGAAGUAUGGAUUUAGCAGGAGGAAUUGAAAAAGAGCAUGCUAACCUGUACCUGGCAAACUAAUUUGCAGUGGAGAAUGAAUAGCAGGAAAUCAGCUUUUCUUUAGAAAAAGGAAAGUAAGUGCUAUUAUAGGAUUGUUAUUUUGAAGGUGUUUUUAAAAAAUGUAUAUGGGUACGUAUACUACUCUGCUUCACUUCUUUUUGUUUUGCUAUUAGUAGCAUAGAGUAGACGUAGAAAUGGUCAGCCAAGUAGCAUUGCUAUAAAUUUAAAAUGAGUCAAAGUUUGUAAUUGUUAAAUGAUAGUUCUUUGGGACAGUUUCCCAAAGUUGUAUCUAUACAGGAGGACAAAAUUUACCAAGUGAGCAAAGGCUUUAUCUUUUGAAAUAAAGUUGUGGCACUUUGUAUUUAUAUUUAUCAUUUUUAAAUGAUAUUAGCAAAUUGUUUUAAGGGAGAGUGUGGGUUUUUGUUUUUUUUCUGGAAUUAAGAGGUGUUAAAAUAAUUUAUUGCAUUGAGUGCUUUUCAGUGCUUAACAGAAUACUGUGUUUUAUGUAUCUGUAGAAUAUUUAAACCCUGAAAAGAAAGCUUUCAAUUAUUUAAUCAUUUAUAACAGACAAUACUUACACCUGAGGAUCCUGACAGUAUUGUCACAAAACAAAUAUAUUUACAGCUGUUGAAUUGCUUAUGACUAUAGGCGACUGAAUCUGGGAGAGAUCCUGAAAAAUCAGAUACAAUGAAAGCUUUUAAUUGACAGGAUAUUUAUGUGCUACCAAAUGAAUUCAAAAACACUUUUAACUCCUCGAAUAUUGUUUAUUAUCACAACAAAGUAGCAGACUGUUAUUUUAAAGUUGAAUGCAAUUAUUUAUGACACGAAGACACAGAAAAUUGUAAAUAGCUUUCAUUUAAUAUAACAUGUACUCUUACUAGCAUCUCUGUCUCUUCUAGCGUUAAUAAAACUUUUGAAUAAUGACUUGUCUAUCGGGCUUCAGUAUGCUCAUGCUUUUCAGAUUUACUUUUACUCUGCUUUAACACUGAAUAUUUCUGCUUGUGCAAACCAGUAAUUUGGAUAAUUAGAAAUUGGGUUUUGGAGGUGCUGAAGUUGUACUUAAAGACAGCAGGCAUUUCUCAGCUAUGUCACACUUCUCUCUCCUCUACUAGCCCAGUCCUGUUUGGCAGCUCUUGACAUUACUGUUGUUCGAUUUGUCUCCUCAGUCAAGUCAGCUCUGAACAAAACUGAGUUUAUAGAAAGUGUCAGGAAAGAAUGUUUAAAUUUCAUCAAGUGAAACAUAUUUUUGAAAUACUGAAUAAAAUGAGAUGCCUGCGAAAACGUUCUACAGUGUCAUUCUUGGGAGUUCUUGUAAUUUUCCUUCUAUUUAUGAACUUGUACAUUGAAGACAGCCAUGUUCUGGAAGGAGAUAAACAACUUAUAAGGGAAACAUCCACACAUCAACUGAAUUCAGAACGCUAUGUGCAUACUUUCAAAGAUUUAUCUAAUUUCUCAGGAGCCAUCAAUGUCACCUAUCGCUACUUAGCUUCCACUCCUUUGCAAAGAAAGCGGUUUCUUACAAUCGGACUUUCAUCAGUGAAACGAAAAAAAGGAAACUACUUACUUGAGACAAUCAAGUCAAUUUUUGAGCAAUCCAGCUAUGAAGAGCUGAAGGAAAUCUCAGUGGUGGUUUACCUAGCAGACUUUAAUUCAUCCUGGCGUGAGGUCAUGGUCCAGGACAUUACACAGAAAUUUUCCCACCAUAUUAUUGCAGGAAGAUUAAUAGUGAUACAUGCUCCAGAGGAAUAUUAUCCAGUCCUGGAUGGCCUUAAAAGAAAUUAUAAUGAUCCAGAAAGCAGAGUCAGAUUUCGUUCUAAGCAAAAUGUAGAUUAUGCUUUUCUGAUUAAUUUUUGUGCCAAUAUUUCGGACUAUUAUGUAAUGCUUGAAGAUGAUGUCCGAUGCUCAAAAAAUUUCUUAACUGCCAUCAAGAAAGUCAUUACAUCCCUAGAAGGAACUUACUGGGUAACUCUUGAGUUUUCUAAGCUUGGCUACAUUGGAAAACUUUAUCAUUCACAUGAUCUCCCACGUUUGGCACAUUUUUUGUUAAUGUUUUAUCAAGAAAUGCCUUGUGAUUGGCUAUUGUCUCAUUUCCGGGGUCUGCUGGCUCAGAAAAAUGUGAUUCGUUUUAAACCAUCUCUCUUUCAACACAUGGGUUAUUAUUCAUCAUAUAAAGGGACUGAGAAUAAGCUGAAGGAUGAUGAUUUUGAAGAGGAAUUAUUUGACAUCCCUGAUAACCCUCCUGCAAAUCUGUACACCAGUAUGAAUGUUUUUGAAAAUUAUGAUGCAAGCAAGGCUUAUAGUAGUGUUGAUGAGUACUUUUGGGGAAAACCACCCUCAGCAGGAGACAUCUUUGAAAUUAUGUUUGAAAAACCAACUGUAAUUAAAAAAAUUAAAGUGAAUACUGGAACAGAAGAUCGGCAAAAUGACAUUUUGCAUCAUGGAGCCCUAUAUGUUGGGAAAAAUGUUACAGUUUUCAAAAAUAUUAGACGAUGUGAAUUUUACAGAAGACUAGGGGAAUUCAAAAAUGGAAACUUUGAAAUGUCAGAGGUGAAUCAAAACCUUCCUUUUAAUAUAGACUGUAUAAGGAUACACGUUACCAAAACACAAAAAGAAUGGCUGAUUAUUAGGAGUAUCAGCAUUUGGACUUUUUAGCCAAUUAAAUCAGUAUGUCCAGUCACUGAAAUAGGUCUUUCUGUUUUCCUUUUUGUUACCUUCCUCUUUUGCUACCUUUGUCCUGUGGAGGUAAAGCAACAGAUGGGAUAUUUUAAAAGAAAAGUCAAUCUUGGCAGUUUUGAUUUAUACACUGUCAUAAUUUUACUUCAAUAUACAUUUGUAUUUAUUAUAACUUCUAAAGUUGAAUAUAAGUUCACAGUUAAUGCUUUUAUUUAUAUUUUUAAUGUUAUGUUAAUUUCAAAAUUUCAACUGAAUGUCAAAAAAAUGGCAUGAAGGACUUUAAAAGAGAAAAUUUGGUUUAUUGGAGGGUAAGUCUUGAAAAAUCGUUGCCAACUGUGUACACCUCCUCAAGAAUUGGUAAUUUAUUAUAUCAUCAGAUAGCUUUUAUUAAGCAUCUGUGUGAAUACGCAGUUGGUUAAAUGAUAAUCUAUCCUUCUUUCUUGUAAACCUAGGUUUCUAUAGACACUUGUACAUCUACAAUGAAUACCUCCUCAUAGAAAUUAUGUCUUUACAACACAAUUUUGUGUGCAGGUGGGGCUAUAGAAAGAAAAAAACCCUACAGAAUUUCUUCUCUGAUUAUUUAUAUGAAAGGGGACAUUGAUCAUUGUAUAAAAAUACUUAAUUGAGCACCUGUUAUUAAUAAAUUUUCUGUGGGAAGCAGUCUUUUCCUAGUUUUGCAAAAAAAUUUACUAGUUAUGCUCAAUAUUUUCAGGUUUCAUUGGGUACCUGCAUUUAAUAGAAGAAAUUAAGGAAGUCUUACAGUUAGUUCAUUCCUAUCAACAUUUUCAGUAUAUAAAGAAAAAUUUUGAAAUUAAUUUUAUAUGUUUUGUAUUAAAAGUUGUGUGAUUGGAAUCAUUGUGAUUAUCAUAUACUUUUUUUGCAGUUUAAAUGGGCAUCUUAUAAAGGAGAAAAGUAAGAAACAUAGAAAUCAGUUGCCUUUUCUACACUCAGAGCGAGUUCAUAGCAAAGCCAGAAGUGAGAGAUAGAUAUUCUGACAGCCACACAAUGUCUUUUCUGUGGCGUAGAGAUUGCUUCUAACACAAUGUAUGCUUUCUGUUCUCUGAUAUAUGAAUCUCAGUAAGUUAUGCUGUCUGGAAACAGUUGGUAUAAUUUUUCCAUAAAUCCUAUUACCAUUCUGUGGAGUAAUCCUAAAGUGUUCUAAAUGAUGUUUGUGUGGUAUGUGUACCCAAAUGAUAAGCAAACUUGACUAAGUUUUACUAUGAGAACAAUUGUGACCACACCAUUUGUCCAUUAAAGCAAUUCAGGACACCAUAGUGCAUCCUAAAAAAUGGUUGUUUUUUAGAAUAUCCUGAGCUUGUCUCAUCCUUUCUACUUUUCACAAACAACAAAGAUGAAGGGAUUUAUGAUAGAAUGAAGUGCAGAAUACUCUACGUGUGUUUAUGGAGAAACUCAAAUAUAUGGAUAUGUGUGUAUAUAUGUGUAUGUGUGAAGUUUAGGCUUGUGAUACUGAGAAGGAAAGAUAAAUUCUUCUUGUUCUUUCUUUCAUCCUGAAACAAAAUCCUUAGGACUCACUUGUAUGCUACAGUACAAAAAAAGAUUGGAUAUUAUUUUCUUCAUUCUCUCCAAAUCAAUUAAAUUAGAAACUCAGAGAAACUAUUGGAAAAUAUUUUUCUUUAAUUGAUACAAUAGUUGUGGUUUUGUUUUGUUUUUUUGCAACCAGCUGCUAUAGUGUUAGAGAAAAUAUGAACCUAUAAAUAUUAAUACUUUGUAGCACAUCUAAGUCUUAAAGUCAUAGAAAAGAGGAAUACUGCCACUAAACUAUUAUUUUUACACGGAUUUGGAGAAUACUUGCCACAUACUUAAAGAUACUCUGUUUUCUUGGCUUUUCUUACCCUCUUUAUUAGCUGGCUAGUUAUAUAGUAUUCUACACUUAUCUCAGAAAUUACAAAACAAAACAUUUUUCUGUGCUUUCAAUGAUAAAAGAUAUGCAACAAAGACAUGUAACACCAAGGAGUAGGCAGACUCCAUAAAGUGAGUUGUACACUUUUACAUUUUCUUCUGGGAGUGACUCCAAAAACCAGCCAUUGACACUGAUCUCUAGAAAACACUUCAAGAAAGAUUGCUGAGGGUAACGGUGAAAUUGGAUGUUUGCUAGAGAAUUAUAAAUGCAAAUGUAAUCCGGAGAGGUUACAUUUAAUCUUAAAUUUGAUCCUUUCAUUACCAAAAUCAGGUUUGAAUCAUCUGGUCAACCACUUAAGAAUGUCUCUAUGUUUUCUUUAUAGGCUGAAAGUGGGUCAGUUUUCUAAGGAAAAGACUUUGCAAAGAAAGCUUCUCUAGUAAGGAUCGGGGGGGGGCAAAUAACUUUCUCUUUCAAAAAGAAAAUCUGAGCCAACGUUUUUCACAUGUUUUAAUGUUGUUUUUUCUAUGCUUAAAAAUUCUGUAUGAGGCUUCAGUAAUUAUGUCUCAGGCAUAGAGUAAAAAGACAGUUAUUAGGUUUAAUUAUAUUCAAUAUGCUUUUAAGUAAGCAUUAUGUGAUCUCUCUCUUUGAAGUAAGUUUCUUUAAAAAUACAUUAUUUUCUCUGUUAUAAAUAUCCAUUGAAAAGGACUGGGAUGUGACAUGAAUAGUUAUUUAAUUGCUAUGAAAAUAAGAUGCUCACAGGAUUCAAGCACAAAAUAUGGUAUAUACUUUAAGUAAUGUCUCAAUCUGUAUACCUUAAACUGACUAAAAAGCUUACACUUAAAAUUCUUCUUCUUAAGGGAACCAUUUCAGCAUUUAUUGUCAUCAAAGUAAAGCAUCUUGUAAAAGCACAAUAAAAAUUUGGGACUAUACAUUUUUGGAAAAUACACAUUAUCCUCAAGAAUAGGUAUGGAUAUAAAAAGUGUUAAUGUAAGCACUUUUGCAUUCUCAUUAAAAAACUACAACUUUGUGCAAUUUAUAAAGUAGAUAUUUUCCAGGUAUAAAAAUAUAAUUUGGAAAUUUAUAUGCUAUUUAGAACCAUUUCUCUCAGCCACAAUUGAGACUAGGACAUUUUAUUUCUUAUGAGCCAGUAUUCUUUGGGAAUUUUUAUAAAGCUCUCAUAGAAUAAUUAUGCUAUACAAAAAUAGCAUGUAAACAAAAACAAACAUAUCACUCAACAUUUGCCAGGUUCUCAACAUGUUUAGAACAUGGCAUCCAGGAUUAACAUUGAGAACCCUACUCUCAAUGUCCUCUAACAGUUGAAAGCAACAGUCUAUUCUCUUCUUUUUUCUUGUCUAUAUAUCCAUUAAUGCAGCCUAAAAUUACAUUUAUUUUUUUCACCAUACUAGUGACUAAUAGAGCCCACACCAAACUUUAUGAUAUUAAUUACAUGGUCUAUACAUGUUUGAUUUUUGAAAAUUUCUGUCAUACUUAAUAUUAAUUUCAAGAGAAUUUCAUCAUUUUUGUUCAGACCCAUAAUCCCCACUUUCCAGCUCUUGAUUCUGUCAUUCACUGUUUUAACACAGCUUCCCAGCUUUAUGUUACCACACGUUUGAUAUUUUAUAUCUUUUGUCUUCAUAGGAGAUACAAUGGGAGAGUAUGCAGACCUGAGUUUGAAACCCAGUUCUGCAGUUAGUAGCCUCCAGAUGUGAAGACAGUUAUUUAGCCACUUUGAAACUCAGUUUCCUCAUCUGUGAAACUGGAAUAAUUUUACCUGUGUAGGCUGUUAGAGCUAGAAAUGAGG